GGUCGCCCGCCUGGGUGGGUGGGGUGGGGAGGGUACCUGAGGUCACCUGCUCCGCGCGAGAGGCAGAGGCGGCCACGGCGGUGGCAGAACUGCAGAGCUGCGGGGUCCACCCGACCCUUACCCUCAGCCCGGGAAGUAACCAAUGUGAAACAUGGUGCAGAAACAUUCAAGAAGUGGCUGAAGGGAGAAGGAAAAAAGUGCCACUGCCUAUCAGAAAAAAACAAAAGAAAACAUGGGAAAUACAACCACCAAAUUCCGUAAAGCACUCAUCAAUGGUGAUGAAAACCUGGCCUGCCAAAUUUAUGAAAACAACCCUCAGCUGAAAGAAUCCCUUGAUCCAAAUACAUCUUAUGGAGAGCCCUACCAGCACAAUACUCCAUUACACUAUGCUGCUAGACAUGGAAUGAAUAGAAUACUAGGGACUUUUCUUUUUGGUAGAGAUGGAAAUCCAAAUAAACGGAAUGUGCACAAUGAAACAUCUAUGCAUUUGUUAUGUAUGGGACCUCAAAUUAUGAUAUCUGAAGGAGCCCUUCAUCCUCGCUUAGCACGGCCCGCAGAAGAUGAUUUCAGAAGAGCAGAUUGUCUGCAGAUGAUCUUAAGAUGGAAAGGAGCAAAACUUGACCAAGGAGAAUAUGAGAGAGCAGCUAUUGAUGCCGUUGAUAACAAAAAAAACACACCCCUGCACUAUGCUGCUGCCUCAGGCAUGAAAACCUGUGUCGAGCUUUUAGUAAAACAUGGAGGAGACUUGUUUGCUGAGAAUGAAAAUAAAGACACUCCUUGUGAUUGUGCUGAAAAGCAACACCAUAAAGAUUUGGCUCUCAAUCUGGAAUCACAAAUGGUAUUCUCACGAGAUCCUGAAGCUGAAGAAAUAGAAGCUGAAUAUGCUGCAUUAGACAAACGAGAGCCAUAUGAAGGAUUAAGGCCUCAGGAUCUUCGUAGAUUGAAAGAUAUGCUUAUUGUGGAGACUGCAGACAUGCUUCAGGCUCCACUGUUUACUGCUGAAGCUUUACUUCGAGCUCAUGACUGGGACAGGGAGAAAUUACUUGAAGCUUGGAUGUCCAACCCAGAGAACUGCUGCCAACGAUCAGGUGUUCAGAUGCCAACUCCACCACCAAGUGGAUAUAAUGCCUGGGACACACUCCCUUCUCCAAGAACUCCAAGGACUACACGCUCUUCUGUCACCUCUCCAGAUGAAAUAAGUUUAUCUCCUGGGGAUUUGGACACCAGUUUGUGUGACAUUUGUAUGUGCAGUAUUUCUGUAUUUGAAGACCCAGUGGAUAUGCCCUGUGGACAUGACUUUUGUAGAGGAUGUUGGGAGUCGUUUUUGAAUCUAAAAAUUCAGGAAGGUGAAGCUCACAACAUUUUCUGCCCUGCAUAUGAUUGCUUCCAACUUGUGCCUGUGGAUAUCAUAGAAAGUGUAGUUUCUAAGGAGAUGGACAAACGAUAUCUACAGUUUGAUAUUAAGGCCUUCGUUGAAAAUAAUCCUGCCAUUAAAUGGUGUCCUACUCCAGGCUGUGAAAGAGCAGUCAGACUUACAAAACAAGGGUCAAAUACAUCUGGGUCUGAUACACUCAACUUUCCCUUGCUCAGAGCUCCUGCUGUGGACUGUGGAAAAGGACACCUCUUCUGCUGGGAGUGCCUUGGUGAAGCACAUGAGCCUUGUGACUGCCAAACAUGGAAAAAUUGGCUACAAAAAAUAACUGAAAUGAAACCGGAAGAACUUGUAGGAGUUAGUGAAGCUUAUGAGGAUGCUGCCAAUUGUCUCUGGUUAUUAACUAACUCUAAGCCUUGUGCUAACUGUAAGUCUCCGAUACAGAAGAAUGAGGGAUGCAAUCACAUGCAGUGUGCUAAGUGCAAGUAUGACUUUUGCUGGAUUUGCCUAGAAGAAUGGAAAAAGCAUAGUUCUUCCACAGGAGGUUAUUACAGAUGUACUCGCUAUGAAGUCAUUCAGCAUGUGGAGGAGCAAUCCAAGGAAAUGACUGUGGAGGCUGAGAAAAAACACAAACGAUUUCAGGAACUUGACAGAUUUAUGCACUAUUACACAAGAUUUAAAAACCAUGAGCAUAGCUAUCAGUUAGAACAACGCCUUCUUAAAACAGCCAAAGAAAAGAUGGAGCAAUUGAGUAGAGCUCUCAAAGAAACUGAAGGAGGCUGUCCAGAUACCACUUUCAUUGAAGAUGCAGUUCAUGUGCUCUUAAAAACUCGACGCAUUCUCAAGUGUUCUUACCCAUAUGGAUUUUUCUUAGAACCUAAAAGCACAAAGAAAGAAAUUUUUGAACUCAUGCAAACAGACCUAGAAAUGGUCACUGAAGACCUUGCCCAAAAAGUCAAUAGGCCUUACCUUCGCACACCCCGCCACAAGAUCAUCAAGGCAGCGUGCCUUGUACAGCAGAAGAGACAAGAAUUCCUGGCAUCUGUGGCUCGGGGAGUUGCUCCUGCAGACUCACCAGAAGCUCCAAGGCGCAGCUUUGCUGGUGGAACAUGGGAUUGGGAAUAUUUAGGAUUUGCAUCACCUGAGUAUCGGAGGAGGCACAGACAACAACGCCGUCGAGGAGAUGUGCACAGUCUGCUCAGUAACCCUCCAGACCCUGAUGAGCCGAGUGAAAGCACUUUAGACAUCACAGAUGGUGGCAGUGGCCGCAGGCCUGGCGCCUCAGUGGUGAGCUCCGCGUCUAUGAGCGUGCUGCAUACCUCCUCCCUGCGCGACUACACCCCUGCCAGUCGCUCGGAAAACCAGGACUCUCUUCAGGCUCUGAGUUCCUUGGAUGAAGAUGAUCCCAAUAUACUUCUUGCAAUACAGUUAUCACUGCAAGAAUCCGGGCUGGCCAUUGAUGAGGAAAAUAGAGACUUCCUCAAUAAUGAGGCAUCCUUAGGAGCAAUAGGCACCUCUUUACCUUCUAGGCUAGACUCGGUCCCCAGGAACACAGAUAGCCCUCGGGCUGCGAUGAGCAGCUCUGAGCUGUUGGAACUUGGUGACAGCCUCAUGAGAUUAGGAGGAGAAAGUGACCCAUUUUCAACUGACACUCUGAGUUCACACCCUCUCAGUGAGGCAAGAAGUGAAUUCUGUCCCUCAUCCAGUGACCCUGACUCAGCUGGCCAGGACGCCAACAUCAAUGACAAUCUUCUUGGCAAUAUCAUGGCUUGGUUUCAUGACAUGAACCCUCAGAGUAUUGCCCUGAUUCCUCCAGCAGCUAUAGAAAUCAGUGCAGAUUCCCAGCUCCCCUGUGUCAAAGAUGAGUCAGAAGGUGUGAGGGAUGUGGAUCUGGUGCCACCGGAAGAAGAUUCAGUGUUUGAAGAUGCUGUGGUCAGUGAAGGUAGAAGAACCCAAAUAGAAGAAGAAAAUCCUUUGGAAGAAAAUACUCUGGCUGGGGAGGCCGCAUCUCCAGCUGGUAAUAGUGGUAAUGAGGCAGCCAACAAGGGGGAUGGUUCAGAUGUUUCAAGUCCAACACCUCAGACCUCAAGUGACUGGCUUGAACAAGUCCAUUUAGUGUGAACUGAAGACCUUGGGCUCCAAAUGAAUCACAGGUACAGAUGGUAUUCUAGUGGAGUAUGCUUUAUAGAGACUUGAUCCACUCAAUUCCAACUCAGUUUUAAACCACUGACGUUAGGGUUGAAUACGAAGGAGUUCCUUGAGUGGUAGCUUCAUUUCUGAUUUUAACCUUACAGGGAAUUUCUUUUGUAUUUAAUGGGAUAGCUUUUCCCCUUUGUGCUGACAAAAAAGAAGAGUAAGAGAAACACAAAUGGAAUGAGUAGGCCAGAUUCCACAUUCUGAGAAAAUGCAGUCCUCUGUUUAGCCUAAGGUUGACCAUACUUAAAUUGAACAUUUAAAUUAAAGGCUUACUCCCUAAUCCUUGGGUGGUUUUUCCUCUUUUAAAGAAAAAAGUUUUCUUCAUUUUAGAAGUUACUUUGAACAGAUCUAAUAACAUUUCGUUCCUCAGUCUGUUUGUGCUCUUCCAUCACUUUCUUCCUUUCUGUCUGAGCAGUGUGAAUUGAGGUAUCCAAGGCUUCUCCUUAGUGCUACAUCUACCACAGUGUAGUUUUCAUAUUCACAUGAAUCAAAGAUUUCUUGUCAUGUCUAUUACAGUCCACUUGUGCCAAAAUGACUCAUGCGCUGACUAACGAGGCGGUAGGCGUGCGGUGUCCUGAAGGGCUCCAGAGGAGUCUCGGCCUUCUCAGGAGUUAAAGGUGCCACUUGGUAGCAGUGAUAUUCCAGAAUUGAAUGGGCUUUUGUUGCCAUGGAGACUGCAUUUAAAUAAAUGUAGCCUGUAGCUUAAGUUAACUAAACCUAAUGCUGCUGUUAAAAACAGUUUAUUUUAAUAUUAAAAUACAGUUGAUUAGCAACAGCGGUGCUGUAUUUUAAGAGACACUUUAUUGGAAGUGCAAUCAUAGUUCUUUGUUUUCACACUUUUACAGUGCAUUCUAAUUACUAAUGGGUGCAAUUACUUUUAAUGGUAAGUGUUUUAUAAAAUAGAAAAAAAAGUGGAGUUUUCAUGAGUUAUAGUAAAUCCCACAAUUAUUAAAAAAUUCAAUAAAACAUCCUGCGCAACAUGUUACCGUGCCUUUGCCUAACUAAAUGGAUAGUUGCCAGUUAAAUAAGUGAGUAAUUCAAAUUUCAGUGUCUCUUCUGAAGUAACUAUGCUAUGAAUUGCAAAGACCUCCAUAAAACCACCCAUGGCCUUGCCUUUACAGUAAAUAUAAUAACUAAAUGUUCAGUUUGUUUGCCUAAAUAGCAAAUGCUGACAUGUGUUUGUUCUAUUGCACAAUACUCAUUUGCUGUGUGAUUACUGUUUAGUGUUGAAAAAAAUCAAUUUCCUAGUUAUCAGUGUCUUACUGUGAAGAAAAUACUGGUCAUAGUUGUAAUUAAGAUACAGUGGUACAGUGUGUAAUUAAAACUAGAGUAAACUGUUGGAAUGGCUGUUUUACUUACAUAUUAUCAAAACUAGCAUAACACAAACAAAAUAGAUAUGCAACAUUCCGUUUAAUGUUUUGCCAGAUUCUUACCAGAAAUCUACAGAUACCAAAAUUUCAGUACUGAGUGUGUACAGGCAAGUCCUGGGCUAGGUGCAAGGUUAUAUUAGUAUUGAUAUCCAUGUGAGUUGUGAUUAUGGUUUUUGAUUAAUUUUUUUCUUCUCCAGGAACUGCUUUUGAAAUUCUUGUCCUUCGAAUUCAUAUGGCUAGGACAUUAUAUUAGAGUACUUAAUAUUCCCCAGGUUCCCUUGGAAUAAACUGUAUGUGAAUUGCUCCUAUGCCAUGGAUAUCAAAGAUCCACAUUAGCUUUUAUUUCCCCAAUUAUCAGAAAUGUCGAUAUCAAUCCCCAUUAAAUUAGUUGGGGAAAAUAUUAACUUUGUCUACAGUGUAUUACUGUAUAUUAAACUGAAACAGUCCAUUAAAGGAUUUUUUUACAAAUUUAUUUUGGAUUAAAAAUAGCGACACCAAUCAGUUUUUAGACCAAGUUGUAAUUUUUCAAUAGAAAGAGUCUUUGUAUCACAUUGAGCAUCUAGCAAAGCUGCAAUAAGGUGAGGAAGAGUGGUCCGUGUGAAGACAGUGUAUGUGAUGGGUUCCGGCUCCUUGCACCUUGUGCAGUCCCCUUUGUUUCUGUGCUUUUAUCUCCUGAGCAUGAAAAAUGAUCAUUAUUCAAUUUGUAUUUCCUUGGUACAUAUUUUAAAAACAACACAGUCAUUGACUUUACAAUUCAGAAAUAAAGUUUGGCAAAGCCUAUUUUGUAAACAAGUUAAUUUUAUAAUGUAAAAAAAAAAAAAAAUUACUCUAACCUUGACUUGUUAUUUGCACUUUCAUAGUCUAUACUUGAUACAUUCCCACUUUAUAUACAGUAGGAUUCUACAAACGUGUAGAUGUCUGGCCAAAUGAAUGCUGUUAAUAAUAUGUAAAAUUCUUUGAUUAAACAUUUAUUACUUAAACUACUUCACUUUUGUCUCAUUACAUUAUAGACUUUGUUUUAACCAAGUCAGGAAGCUGAUUUUCUUCAAAUUAAAUUCCCUCCAAUAUAAUGGGAUUAACUUGGUUCUGACAUGUAAUUGAUUAGUGCCUAAUAUUUUUUUUACACUAGCCCACUUCCUGAGUAUUUUAUACCCCAAAGAUAAACUCCAAAACACUGCAUGACAAUGUGUUAAAACAUUGUGACUUCAUUGCUCCUUUUAUUUGCAUCACUGUAGCUUUCAGGAGAAAAGUGUUAGGAUUUUUACUUGAAAUUUCCAAUAGAAACACACAGAAAAAGAUAGAAUUUUAAGGUAUUUUGUAAAAUUGCUUAGGACAGGAAACAUUUUGUAUGCCGUAUGAAUAGAAACACCAUCAUUUUAUUAUUCUGCCCCUUCUCAGUUACCGAAACAGCCUUUGCAUCUGAAGUUCCAGUUUCGUGGAGUCUGCCGGUGAGAACCACUUAGUCAUGUCAUUGUAUUUAUGCUUUUCAUUGUGUGGAUCUGAAGCUUAACCACUAAUGUCCAUCUGCUGAAUUAUUCUUCAGAUGUUGUUUACUGCAGCCACUGAUCUCAUUUUUGUUCUUUUAGUCCUCAAAUAUUGUUGUUUACCUGUCAUGAAUUAAAACCUGAGACUUACCGAAGUUUGCUUGUAAUCUUAAAACAGUUAUAGUGAGUGUGUCUCUGAAGAGUAAAAUCUUGGAAUCUAAGUAACAAAUUUGGGGAGUUUUUUUAAGGCUGAAAUAAAAACUCCAUAGGAAAAAAAAUUGUCAUGUGCUCUGCACUGGGGCUGAGUGGUAUUAUCUCAGCAUUGGGCCAUCGGGAUAAUCACUGGGUCUUCUCCUUAGCAACAGUAUGUUACUGCCUUGUCAGCCAUCACCCUCUCACCACAGUAGUAUAAUUCUUUCUAGAAAAAUAGAAGUGGCUCUUUCUAGACUACUGAGUGGCCGUCCUUAUUUUAGGAACGGCAGUCAUCAUAGUUCUUAAAGAAAGAUGGGCCAGAAAAGUUUUCUUUAGCUCUCUGUUCCACUUAAGACUGACAGAUGGCUGACAAAAUGUGAGUGGUGGGCAAAUUUUGAAGGACUUAUCCUUCUUCAGUCUUUGAAACUAUAGUUUGAAGAUAUUCUGGAUUGGGCUGUAUAUCAUUUUGUACUAUUGCACAAGGCAUCAGUUUACAGAGUGAGAGAUACAUACAUGAAAGGACAAACAGAACACAAUAUAGGAAAGGCUAAUUGUCAGACGAGACAGUCCAGUUCUCUUGCACCUCUUCUGCGCCCACACACUUUGCUGGGUGUCCCAAGACUGCAAGGCCUGACAACAGUUUUACCUGGGUAUUUCUCAGGGUUUAUGCAGUUAGUAACCUUGAGGACAGGGAGCAGGUAUGCUGUAAAAGCAGUGGAUUCCUCACCCUCAGUGUUCCUCAGCUGCAUGCUUGGCAUCCAUCCGGGCCCAUUGCAUUGCCCCUGUGGAACUAGGGAUAAGGGGAACUGCCACAAACAUGCUGAUGUUCAUUCUGCAGGCUGUGUCUGAAUGCGAAAUAAAACCCUUGGCCUCUGA